AUGAAGUUCCUCAUACUAGCACUUGUAUGUCUCCAGCUCUCAGAGGGGAUCAUCCGAGUCCCCCUGAAGAAGUUUAAGUCUAUGAGAGAAGUAAUGAGAGAAAAUGGAAUCAAAGCACCACUAGUGGAUCCAGCCACAAAGUAUUACAACCAAUAUGCUACUGCUUAUGAACCCUUAUCAAACUACAUGGACAUGUCUUACUAUGGAGAGAUCAGCAUUGGAACCCCACCUCAGAAUUUCCUGGUUUUAUUUGACACUGGAUCUUCUAAUCUGUGGGUUGCUUCUACUUACUGUCAAAGCCAGGCAUGCACCAACCAUCCACUGUUUAACCCUAGUCAGUCCUCCACCUACUCUUCAAACCAACAGCAAUUCUCCUUGCAAUACGGAACUGGCAGCUUGACAGGAAUCCUGGGAUACGAUACAGUGACAAUCCAAAAUGUUGCAAUAUCCCAGCAAGAGUUUGGCUUGAGUGAAACUGAGCCUGGAACCAACUUUGUAUAUGCACAGUUUGAUGGCAUUUUGGGUCUGGCUUACCCAUCAAUUGCUGUUGGAGGAGCCACCACAGUGAUGCAGGGAAUGAUGCAGCAAAAUCUUCUAAACCAACCUAUCUUUGGGUUUUACUUGAGUGGACAAAGCUCUCAAAAUGGUGGUGAAGUGGCCUUUGGUGGUGUUGAUCAAAAUUACUAUACAGGACAAAUCUACUGGACCCCAGUGACAUCAGAAACAUACUGGCAAAUUGGAAUCCAAGGGUUCUCUAUAAAUGGACAAGCUACAGGCUGGUGCAGCCAAGGAUGUCAAGCUAUCGUUGACACUGGAACCUCUCUGUUGACUGCUCCACAGAGUGUUUUCUCUUCUCUCAUUCAAUCUAUUGGAGCUCAGCAAGAUCAGAAUGGACAGUAUGUAGUAAGUUGUAGCAACAUCCAGAAUCUUCCAACAAUCAGCUUCACCAUCAGUGGGGUCUCUUUCCCUCUGCCACCAUCUGCAUAUGUUCUUCAGCAAAGCAGUGGGUAUUGUACCAUUGGUAUCAUGCCCACCUACCUUCCCUCCCAGAAUGGUCAACCUCUGUGGAUCCUGGGUGAUGUCUUCCUUAGGGAGUACUACUCUGUCUAUGAUCUGGGCAACAACCAAGUUGGUUUUGCAACUGCUGCGUGAAGUAAAGUCUUGGAGGCUACCUUCCCUAAAGCAAACAUAUGAUUAGCACAAUGUCAGUGUGAUAAAUUGCACAUUUUGUCUUGAUAAAACGUUAGCUUUAAUUGGCUGUUUGUCAUAAAUAAAGUAGCAAUUACCCU